AAAGUGGCAGUGCAAAAGUGUGUCCACGCGGGAUAUUCCAACAAAUAACUGAUGCAAACUAUACGUGGGCUUGAAUUGGUUUAUCUACGUCUUGGAGUAAAUAUCUCUGUUCUCUGGAGAAAAGUUUCUGAAUGCUGAGACCUCCACGGAGCCCUUUUAUCUAUUAGACUUUGUUGCUCUGAGGCAUAUUUGGGGGCAACAGAUUAUAACUAAAUGAAACUGAAAGUGUAAACCCCAUCUUCCUCUGGGGCAGGGCGUCACCCAGCGCUUUGUGAACUACAGUCUGUAAUGACAAGCCUAUGGAGGAGAGAGCAUGUCUUCCUUUGACCUAAAAUGGAUUUAUAUUUGAGGACAUCAGGCCUGUUAGUUUUUGUGUUGGUCCAAUGUGAUGCAGAAGUGAGGGUGAACCUCACAUCUGCUGUGGGAUCAUCUAUAACAUUCCCAGACCCAGUGAAGGAGAGAGGAUAUAUAUCUUUUAGAACAAAGACCAUUGCUCUCAUUUACAAUGGAGUUUUUGAGAUUGAAGAAGACAUUUACACAAACAGACUUCACUGGAGCAGCACUGGACACUUCACUCUCUCAGAUCUACAGAAAAAUGACUCUGGAGUUUAUGCCAUAGACUCUAAAAAAGGAAAUGUGUUUUCUAAAUUAUAUAAACUAAAAGUGUAUGAUCCAGUGUCACGUCCAGUAGUGUCCUGUGUGAACGUGAGCGCUGAUAUCUGCACUCUUCAGUGUUCAGUGACUCUCACGGAGCAGACCACACUGAGCUGGUUCAGAGGAGAGCAGCCUGUGGACAGCAGCAGCUCUGCAGUGCAGCUCCUCACUGUCCAACUGAGGAAAAACACCCCAGAGUACAAAUGUGUGGCUCAAAACCCCGCUGAUAAGAAGAUUGUUAUAGUUGAUAUUACUACUCUCUGCACAAAUUUGACGAGUGAUGCGAACACAAAAAACUCACAGCCUGUUGCCAUCAUCAUUCCCAUUGUCUUCGCUGCACUCAUCAUCCUGUGUGUUGUGAUUUUUGUGAUCAAGAAGAAGAAGUGUUUUAAAAAGGAAUCAGCAUCACGUCAAACACAAGGCAAGUAUUUAUUUCAUACGUUUACAUGUGACAACUAAAGUGAAGAGACUGUG